UCAACCGACUGCCUCCCCUACGAGGGCUCACAGGAUCCUCAGACUUUGGCUUCACGGGCAUACGGUGCCGCGGUUCCUCCUGCCACGACUCUGCCCUACAGAACAAACUCGUACCCCUCCGAGGGAGGGAAUGUAGUCACGCGAGUGCCAAACAGAAGCCCCUACAGCAUGUCGAGGGGUCUCAGCCGAUCGCAGUUGGCAGCGGAAGGGGAGCAAGGAUUUACGCAGAGUAGUGCACAGGCAACAACAAGGGCAGCAGCAGUAGCAGCAGCGGCGGCCUCAGUGGCCCUGACGGAUGUUUAUGGGAACAACACGCUUCCAGCUGGCUACGCACAUCUCAUCUCUCCUCAACAGAAGUUCUUUACCACACAGCCCCCGCAGUCGUUCUACCCGACGCAAGACACGAAUUCAAGACAGCGGCCGUAUUACUCUCCUACAACGACUGCCGAUCUCACCACGGCCGACUUAUUCAUUGCGCCAAAGUGCAGUACAAACACACCACCCAGUGAAUUCUACUCAACCUACACAUCAGCUGGGAGUAGGCGUCAUCAACUGACACCAACCGGUGGUAUUUCGAUAAGUUCCACCAGUUCUCUGUCGACUACGGCUCCAUCCUCCAGCAGUUUGGACCUGCUGGCCAACUCCAGCCUCCUUAUCGUCGGUGGUCUAACCAGCAAGCCGGAGCAAGAUCCUCUCGCACCACUGGGAAGUCUCGAGACUGUAGAUACUGAGCUGCGAGCGGGACGUGUCCUUAAACGUGAACAGACUUCGGAAAAUGCCUCCGUACUGCCUGUUGUCUAUCCAUCCCAGUGGGAGGUAUUUGCUGAAAGGGAACAUUAG